AUGACGUCCCUGCCUCUUGUCGGUCUCGAAUGUCGGCUGCGAUCUUGUCGCUCUUCCAGGCCUUCGGCCUUCCUUCUUUCGCGCCUCGAUCUGGCCUCCAUCCUCGCCCUAAGCUCCUCGUUAAAUCGUGCUCCUCGGCUUCGCCUCGGAAACACGAUUGAACUCGAAUCUUCAAUUUGCACGAACGUUUUUAUACAAGAUCUCGUCAAGAGAAACCUACGAACAAGCAUGUAUUUCAGGCACCGCCGUCGAGUUCACAUGGUACAAGAAGCUUGGAGAGGAGAACAAGGGAAGUGGCAAGAAGACAGCAACUGUGUUUCAAACAGUCGACAUCUGAUUUACCAAGAAGGAGAAGUGCCUUGGACCCCGCCUGAGUUCAUCAUAUCAGUGAUUUUACAUGCAGGAAAACGCAGAUCUGCACAGCGGUUGGUUGUGAAAAGCUACUUUCUGGCUAAGGCAGCAAUUGAGGAGGAAAUGAACUAA